GCCACAGUAGCAAACAUCAGGGUUCCAGACGGAGAGCCAGUCGCUUGCACAGCCAUGGACGCCGCAGCAGCCCAGCCGGCAGGGAGGUCAGGGCCAAGAGCAGCCGUUGUGUGCAGGCUGCUCAUUCAGCAGCAUCAGAUGUCGCCUGCAGGACCGAUGCUCGCUCCUCUGCCGGCACCGCAGGGCUGCCCGCAGCACCGUCUACAAGACGCAGCCCGCAGCUUUCAAUUGGCGGCAGAGCAGUUGAAGAAAGCUUGCGAAAGGCUCGAUGCUGCCUCCGAAAACUUACUGAAGGCAGCUGAGUGCUUGAUGGAGUUGACAAAACGGAUGGUGGCACGGGAAGCCGCUGCUCAGGAAAGAGCUGUCGAGAUGAACAAGAACCAUCUAGAGUUGCGACUGGGGAGAAACUACGGCGCUGAAAGGCAUGGAGAUGAUCCUGCCGGACCACAUAGAAAGAAGAGGAAAGUGGAUGGGAAGAUGCCCAAGUGCAAGGGCAAGGAAGUGAUGUCCAAUGGGAGCAGCAAGGGCAACGCAGCAGGGUCAUGCACCCCAUCGGAGCCUGGUGCCGUCAGUUAG